CUAUACUCAGCAGCGUCCCCGAUCCUCAACGGCCAACCGUUGACCGCCGGUGAAGAGAUGGGCGGAUUCUGCUUGGGAAGCACCAUCGUGUUGGUUUUCGAAGCCCCAAAGACGUUCGAGUUCACCCUAAAGCUGGGCAGAAAGUCAAGGUUGGAAACCGCAUCGGUGGCAUGCCAAUGA